AUGCCGUUGGCUUAUGGCCUGGUGACUUCAGGCCUUUCACCAUUUGUCUCAGAUUACUUGAGUUUGGGCCCAUCACUGUUGUCGAAGAGCUUCAUUUAUUUGGGUUUCUUCCUGCCAGCGUUUGGCAUUGCUUGUUCGGAGUUGAACCUCUCAGUGAAAGAUUGCUUUGUUGGGUCAAGCUCCCUAUCCGUGAGAUCCUUUGCGCGCUUGGGCUCCAGCCUGUCAGCUUAUGGACUCAGCAAGUUGGGCUUGGGACCAUUGAUUUUGGAUUUCAUUCACCUUGAGUUCUUCCUGUUCAUGAGGUCCCUUCUCCGGCUGGGAUCCAUCCUGUUUGUUUAUGGCUGUUGCAGGCUGGACUCAAGCUUGUUGGCCUUGGAUUUCUUGCAUCCAGAUCCUUUUCUGUUCCUGCAAUCCUUUGCACAACUUGGUUUAGUGCUAUCACUCUAUGGAGUUGCACGAAUCGACUUGAGCCUAUCUGUACCUGAUCAUGUGGUGACGGGAUUCUUUAUUUUUCUCCGGAGCUAUGUACGUCUGGGAUUGUUGACGUCGGCCUAUGGCAUGAGCUGUCCAGACGGGCGCCUUCCGGUCUUGGACUGUGUGCAUUUUGGCUCGAGCUUCUUCUUGCGAAGCCUCUUCCGUGCAGGGUCUCUGUUGUCAGUGUUUGGCAUUACACAGCUUGAUCCCUCCCUGUCGGUCCUGGACCUCGUUCAAUUGGGUUUGCCAUCGUUUUUGAGAGGCUUUGUUCAAAUGGACCUAGCGCUUUCGGUGUUUGGUUUGGCAUGUCUAGGCCUGUCCAUGCCCACCUUGGACUUCAUUCACCCAGAACCGUCCUUGCUGUUGCAUGGCUUCGCACGAUCUGAAUUGCUGUUGUUUGCCUAUGGCAUGACCUGCCCUGAACUGGCUUUGCCAACCUUAGAUUUCAUCAAUCCAGGCUCCUCUUUUUCUUUGCACAGUAUGUGCCGCCCCGAGUUGUUCUUGUCAGUUUAUGGGAUCACAAAACUGGACUUCCCCUUGCCCAUCUUGGACUUCAUACACUUAGACUUUGUGUUGUUCUUGCGAUCACACACAUGUUCAGGCUCGGUGUUGUCAGUGUACGGCAUGUUCUGCCUUGAGCCGCCGAUGCCAGUGGUGGAUUUUGUGCACUUGGGUUUUCCGUUGCCGCCUCAAACCUUCUCGUGCUCUGAACCAGUCUUGUUGGCCUAUGGAAUCAGCUGCCUGGAGUUAUCUUUGUCAAUUCUCGACUUUGGACAUUUUGAUUUGACCCUUUCAACCAGCAGCUUUUUGUGCCUUGACCUGUUUCUAUCAGUCUAUGGCUUGAGCUGCUCAGACUCUUUCCUGUUUGCUUUGGACCACGUUCAGACUGAGUCUUCAACGUUGCUACAAGGCUCCUUCUGA